AUGCCUCCCUCGAAGAGCCAGAAGCUCGAUGAGGAUGACUUUGUGGCGUUUGAUCAUGCCGCUGCCGGACAUGAAGGUGUCCGCUGCGAUGAAUCGGGUUCUCUCAUAGCGAAACCCUGCACCGAGAAGGAGAUCCAGUUCUAUGAAUCGAGCGCCAAUCACCCGGCGUUUCAGAAAUACAUGCCUACGUUUAUUGGUUCGCUGAGUGCUGGUGCCUCCAAGGAGGCCCUUGAUUUAUCCAAUGCCCAUGCAGAUGCACCGCUGGUUAUUACUUCAGCCGAGGCACCUGUGGAAAAGAGUUCGCUGCCUAUGGAAUUGGCGACUGAGACAGAUAGCAUCGCCAUCACUAGGCCAGCAAAGAAACCGGAUGAGCCAUGGGUUCCGUCUGGUGGUAAGAAGCUCGAGACCGGCCUGUCAAUCGUCUUGGAGAAUAUUACCGAUGGCUUUGUACGGCCAAAUGUCCUGGAUGUUAAACUUGGUGCGAGACUCUGGGACGAUGAGGCUGUUCCCGACAAGAGAAAGAAGCUCGACCAGGUGGCUGCUGAGACGACAAGUGGGAGCUUGGGAUUCCGCAUUGCGGGAAUGAAGACAUGGGUUGGAGAAGGCAAACCACUUGGAACUGACGCCGAUGUUACUGCAGAAUAUCUUCCUUCUACUGCUAGCGAGACAAUCAAGUCUAAGGCGAAAAUCACCGAGUCAGAGGGCUAUCUUCGUUUUGAUAAAUGGUAUGGUCGAGGUUUCGACGAGAAUAACAUCCAUCAGGGCUUCCAAACCUUCCUCGCCUCCGCUAAGGCCGGUAAGGUGGAUCGUUCAGCUUUUGUCGCGGAGAGGGUUGCUACCGAGUUACGAGCGAUACAAGCCGUCCUGGAGUCGGAGGAGAGCCGCAUGUACUCCGCUAGUGUUUUGAUUGUCUAUGAGGGUGACCCCGAAACGUUUGAAAAAGCUCUCGAGGUAGAGCGCGAGCAAGCCAACAAGCCAGAAGAUAUAUCCACUCGGACUACGGGCCAUGGAGGAGACAACGAUGAGGAAGUAGAAGAGGAAGAUGAAGAUGAAGAAGAGCUCCCCAAAGUCCAUGAUAUUCGCCUAAUCGACUUUGCACAUGCCAGUUGGACGCCUGGCCAGGGACCGGAUGAAAACCUUCUGAACGGCCUGAGAAACGUUGCGAAGAUCAUGGAGGACCUAGCCAAGGCCUCCAACUAG